CCGACCGCGCAGCGUCUUCUGACGACCUCUUCACGUCAGAGCUAGACUCGGCGACUCCCGAGCGCCUCUUCUCGUCCGACAUGCUGCUACGUGAACCGGGGCUGUACGCGGGGGAAGGCUGGGGUGCGUCGUCCAGGACGAUGUGGGACGUGCUGGGAUCACGGCGGUACGGGGGCGAGGGGAGGUUGAGCUGGUCGUCCUCGACGUUGAAAAAGGAGGAGUUGUGAUGGCGCAGGGGAGGAGGAGGCUCGCGGCGGUCGCCCUUCAUCAUAUCACACCAAUGCAGACAAGCCCUUGAUUAACGGUGCGGAGAGCCUUCUCUUCACGUGGGCGACCAGAAUAUGCGACUACAACGCGCUGUCUCCGAUCUCAGAAGCACCACAAACUGCCAGGGAAGCGCAGAGUAGCUCGGUCGUCCUCAGCCCAGCUGCGAGUGGGGUCGCCGGAAAGCAGACGACGGUAAUAGACACAAUCAAUAAAAAGGCCGGUCUCUGCUAUCACGGUCGUUGCUGGCCGUCGAGACGGCCUCAACUCUCUUUGACAGGACAUUUCUGCGAGGGCAGGGCCCGGAGGUAUCAGUCUCGGUCCCGCGUGAGACUAGCUGGACUCUUGGCAUCCCGGAAACUAAACGCGUCCGAUAUUCUCGACCGCUCCCAACAAUACCAGCUGCGGGAUUCCUGAGUGUUGCUGGGAGAAGAAGGACAAGGUAACAAGAGCAACCACCCAUCUGCUGUCCUAUUGAUCACCACGACGAGAAACCUAAAGUCAAACAAACGACACGCCACAAGUCCUUGUGGUCUCCUAGUCAGUCCAGCAGCGACCUUGUCUGACAGGCACACCAUCCAUCCUGGUGCUCCACACCCUUGAACUGCGGAGAAAGCGCGAACCCUCUUUCUUUAUUUUUCCUUCGGUUCCGCCUCCGAAGAGCCUCGGAAACCGUCAAAAAUGGGCAAAAUUCAUUGAGCGUGGCGGCCCUCAGUGAUGGCCCGCCUCGCUUACACGCAUCAUUCGUGUACUGAACGCUCUGCCUUGUUAUCCGCCCAAUCGCGCUAUGCAGGGCGUGCUGCACGGCCCCUAUCUGUCAUGUAAAGCCUUGGAAACGCUCCCUUCUAUGUCAAACGUUCUCUGCUUCAACUCCAUCAUUUGGCAGCCAUGACGUCGCUGCCCAAUUGCACCCAUAAAACGCACUUGGCGCCAGAACGCGCCGCAACCCCAGAUCUAUACUUGGACAUCCCUCCCAGCGUACCGCAUCCCACCCUACUUGCUAUUUCGACGUAAUUAUAAUGACUCCUGAUCCGCAAGUGAAGAGCAUCGAGAAGAUCAUUGCAAAGGAGGAGAAGCAGGACGAGAAGAACCUCCAGCAUGCCAUCAAGGAUCUCAAGGCGGGCGAGAAGGCAGAGACCAAGGCUCACAAGAUGGCCGACAAGGCGCAGCACGAUCUUGACAAGAUCAAGCGCAAAGAGCAUGAUGCUGCAAAAGCCGUGAACAAGACCAAGGCCGAACAUGAGAAGGCGUUAGCAGAGGUUGACAAAGUGCAGAAGAACAUCCAGGUGAAGCACCAGCGCGAGGGCCAGCUCGAGGAAGACGUCCGUCGGAAACAGACCCUUGUCAGCGAGCUCCAGCAGAAGAAAGAGCAGAACGACCAAGUUCGUGAGGCCCAUAUCGCACAGUUGCACACUCACGGCGCCGCUGGCGUCGGGUCCUUGAACACCUCUCCCGAGUCGACGUCCGGGCCCUCGGCUGCCCAAGGCGGUCCGACUGCCCCCGCCGAGACGGCCUAG